UCAUAAUCAGAGAUCACUCAAUCUUCUCCUCCCACUUUACAAGCCCAACCCAACAACUUAAGUAAAGUUUUACUCACCGCCGUGGGCGGCGUCUCCACCUUUUCCGGCGAAACAUUCGGCGUUGACGCUUCGUUGACUACGGUCAAUUGCUUCUGCGAAUUGUUGAAACAAAAAUGGCGGAUAGAGUGUAUCCAUCUGCGAAACAGAACGGCACUGCGGCGAAUCCGGCGGCGGCGACUGCGACUAACGGCACGGCGGCGGCGGCGGCGACGAAUCCGCCGAAACCGCAGCUCUACAACCCUAACCGCAUCCCCUACCGGCCGACUCCGACGGCCUACCACCGACACGACCGGCGGCGGUGCAAUUGCCGCCGCUGCUUCUGCUUAGGUUGUUUCUGGGCCGUUAUGAUCAUCUGUAUCCUCCUCCUACUCGCCGCCAUCGCCGGCGCGAUCUUCUACGUUCUCUACCGCCCCCAACGCCCCGCAUUCUCCGUCUCCUCCCUCAAGAUCUCCCAAUUCAACCUCACCACCACCGCCGCCGACGACACCACUCGCCUCACCGCCAAGCUAAACCUAACGCUCUCCGCCAAAAACCCUAACAAGAAAUUGAUCUACACCUACGCGCCCAUCUCCCUCACCGCUUUCGCCUCCCAAGUAACCCUAGCCAACGGCUCCUUCCCGGGUUUCCUCAGCGACCCGAAUAACAUCACAAUAAUCCACUCCACCCUCUCGCUCUCCUCCCAAGUCCUCGACGCCGAUUCCGUCUCGGCACUCAAUUCAGAUCUGAAGCGAAGACGCGGAUUGCCUAUCAGGAUCGUGAUGGACACCAUGGUUGUGCUGAAGCUUGAGAAAUUGAAGAGCAAGAAGUUCGGGAUCAGAGUCACCUGUGAGGGAAUCCAUAGCCAAACUCCCAAGGGGAAGACGCCGGCGACGGCUACCACCUCCGAUGCCAGCUGUAAGGUUGAUCUCAGAAUCAAGAUCUGGAAAUGGACUUUCUAAUUUUAGAUAAUUUUUGUUCGAUUUCCUUUGAUUUCACAGUUUUACUUUCAUUUAUUAAAUUCACUUUUCUUGAUAGUAUAAUUUUUUUUAUCCUUUUCUUUUCUUGGGGUUGAUUUGUAAGUGUUGAAGAACAGGAGGGGGAGAGCUAGAAAUUUCAUUCACAAAGCUCGGUUGGGGAUUUAGUAUAAUUAUAUGAAACUUGAGGGAUUGAAAUAAUUUUUUUCUUUAUCAA